CACCGCAACACGACAAAAGCAACCAUGACCGCGCAACAGAUCGCCCCGCGCCCCCUCUUCGGCGGCGCGAUCGCCUUUGCCGUCCCGACGAGCUACCACGACGCGAGCGACAUGCGCCAAGUCCCCGACACGCAGGAAGUCUUCCUCUCGCACGAGUCGGACACGAGCGUCAUUGUUGAGAUCCUGCAGUCGCCUACUGAGGGGGACGCGGGGCGGGAUUUGUACGCUGCUGCCAAGUUUCACUUCGACUCCAUAGCGCACGACAAUGCCGCGCUCUCCUCGUCGAUCCUCACCCCCGCGCCCGCAACCGCCACCCCACCGCAAGUCCUCACCGCCGCCUCGGCCGAGCAGCUCCCGACCCCAACCCCAGUCAUCAUCACGGGCCUGCAGACGAUCCACAAGUUCUCGCACGACCCCACGGGUGCGCCGCGACCAGGCCACGAGGGCGACACGCCGGACCGCGUGUGGAUCGGCGUCGCGCUCUGGCGCUGCUGGGCCGACGUGGGCGGCAGCAAGAAGCGCGCCGACGUCGUGGGCAGCGUUAAUGUCAACCUCAGCGCCGAGGGGGGCGAGGCCGAGCAGAAGCGCGUGGAGGCUUGGUGGCGCGAGAACGUCGCUGGGCUUCGUGUCCUCGACUGGGGACUCAUUGGAGACGAGUAGAGAGGGAGGGGAAAACAUCGAAACGAAAACAAAACACCAAAAACGAGGACCGAACACCAAGACGAGGGCCGGGCCUCGGCCACAUCAGACGGCUGGUAACAACACCAUGCCACCUGCCACCUGCCACCUACCAUAGCACUACGUAGACACAACAUGCAACACAACUGCCACC